UUUGAAAGUAUCACAGUAUUGAAAACAUUUUAAUUUCGUCCCCAUCCAUAGAAGAAGAAGACAGCCAAUUUUCGUAUCACAUGUGAAAACGCCACCACCACCACCAAUAAUUCAAUCCAUACUCAACCACUAUGGUCUGAAAAUCACCUAAACCUCUGAACCGUAAAUCUUCUUCUUCUUCAUCAUUAUCUUAAAGAUGAAAUAUUCGGCGACGAAAUAAUGGUUCCCUUCAAACGCACAAUUAGCUGAAGACAGGUAAUCAUAACCUACUACUUACUCGUAGAAUCGAUCGAAUGGGAAAUGCUCAAUUUCUCGCAUUGUACAUCACAGUAUGCGUACUUGCAUUCGUGGCCUCUAAGAUUGUAAUUGCGGUUCUAUGCUAUCGCAGAUGGAAGAGGAAACAUAUGGAGAUCCACCACAGUUUCUCAGGCGACGGCGGGAGGCUGGUGAUGUUCCGAACGGAGAAGACGAAGACAUUGAAGUCGGAGGCGCUGGUGAAGCAGUUGAGGAAGCUGAGCAACAAAGACGUGAUCGGAUCGGGGGGUUAUGGGACAGUUUAUAAACUGACGAUGAUGGAUGGAUGUGUGACUUUUGCAGUGAAAAGGCUGAACAGGAUGAGUGCAGAGCAGGACAAAGGGUUUGAAAGGGAAUUGGAUACCAUGGCUGACAUAAAACACAGAAACAUUGUCACACUUCAUGGAUAUUAUACUUCUCCUCACUAUAACCUACUCAUCUAUGAGCUUAUGCCUAAUGGGAGCUUGGAUAAACUCCUUCAUGAUAGAAGUUCAAACAAGGAGUUGGUUUUGGACUGGCAAUCAAGAUUGGGAAUAGCAGUGGGGGCUGCAAGAGGAUUGUCAUAUCUGCAUCAUGAUUGCAUUCCUCACAUAAUCCACCGGGACAUCAAGUCCAGCAACAUAUUGCUGGAUCAGAACAUGGAGGCUCAGGUGUCUGAUUUUGGACUCGCCACACUUAUGGAACCAAACAAGACUCAUGUUUCAACUCUAGUUGCAGGAACCUUUGGCUACUUGCCCCCUGAGUAUUUUGACACUGGAAAAGCGACCACAAAGGGAGACGUUUACAGCUUUGGAGUAGUCCUUCUGGAGCUUGUAACUGGAAGAAAGCCAUCGGAUGAGGCAUUUGUAGAAGCAGGAACAAAACUAGUGAGCUGGGUAAAGACUGUUGUUGCAGACAAGAGGGAAGAGUAUGUAGUUGACAGCAACUUGGCAGAUUGUCCAAUAGAUGAUAUAACCCAAUUCUUUAAUGUUGCAAUGAUGUGUCUUGAAUCUGACCCAUCCAAUAGACCAACCAUGGCUGAGGUUGUCAAGAUGCUUCAACAAAUUCAGCUUAAUGGUUUAGUGUGAAUUUCUUGAUUUUGAAAGUAUGUACAAAGAAGUAACAAUGUAUAAGCUGGUAAAUUUAUGAUAGAAAUUGUUUUUUUGGGGUACUUUUUGGUCUUUGGCAUUUUGGUUGUCUACUUUUAUUUAAAUAUAUAUAGGAAAAAUGGUCAAAU